AUGACCCAGAUUCCCUGGCUUGACAUCUUUGACGGGCCCGUCUCCAACGCCUCAGAACUCAACUUUGCCUCUACCAGAGCUCGCGCGGAGGACGCUCUCUUCUACCCUCCCAGCAAUGAGAACUCUCCUGUGCCCCCCUCGCGGGAUCGCACCUUGAGGACGAGCCCCCCUACCCAAGCUGACGAGGACGAGAACUUACGACGAUUCAGCAUGCGGCCCCCCACCCAACCGAUCCUUACUGACGAGGACGCGUAUUACGCGGCGCAGCUGGAGAUGAUCCGUAAGAAGUACAUGCGCGUCAUGGACAAGAAGAAGCCGCCCCCUCACCUCGCUGUGAGAAUCUGCAAGAAGAUUUUUCAUGGCGCGUUCAUGGCUGCCUUUAAUGUGCCUCGGGCCAGCACCACCAAGAAGCUGUCCGCCGAGGACAAGAAGAAGCAGAAGAAGAAGAAGAAGAAGUUCACCACCCGUGGCACCACCAAAGCCUCCAAGGCCAGGAAGGUCAAGUUUGCUUGGCCCAAGAAGGUCCGUGUCGGCGACGAAUGUACUGCUGGCCACUGGUCAAAUCUCUGGUUCUUCGAUAGUGGCCGGCCGAUGACGGAACACAACAUCCGUCCCGUCAUCGGCCAAGCAAAACAAGCAUCACCACCACCUCCACCGAAUCCAGGCACACGCCAUCACUGGCUGAUUGCCACCAGGAUCAGGCCCGGUGGAGACGCUACGCCGAGCACCCCCUCUACACCCUUUUCCACUACAGUGCCCGCGCACUAUCCCAGCAAUAUGUUUUCCAAGGUCAAGAAGCUCUCCGCGAAGGUCAAGGAGCGUAUGUACUCGUCUGUACAGAUCAUCUACUCCGCUCUCGCCUUCGGUACAGGCCAACUUCCAAGGCUUCACGUUGUACAAGACAAACCCCGCUGCUUGAAUUGUGCUUUCGACAUCACCGAGGGGCAUUUCAAAGCACCCCUUGAGGGGGCCCUCAACUCAGGCCACCCCUCACAUGGCCUCCCCGACGUCGAGAUUCUUCCCGAUUCACCAACGAUCAACUCCUCACCUAGCGUGAUCACCACCACCACCACCAACCAAGAUGCCUUGCCCUCACAAAAAGCUCUACGAAAGGAGAAGAAGAUGAGCGAGGAGGCCGGCGACAGCAAGAAGCGCAAGAAGCACGACGGCGAGACCGCCGAGGGAGAAGGCCGAGCGCAAGAAGCAAAAGAAGGAGAAGAAGGAAAAGAAGGAAAGAAGGAGAAGAAGGAGCAGGCAAAGGCAACAAAGCCCAAGGAAGAGCCACAGUCCAGCACUUCUAGACCGCGGGGCAAGAAUCCAGUGGAGUCCGCCUCUGACCCGAAUGAGACGGAAGAACAGAGGAAGCGCCGCUUGCGGAAGGAGGAGAAGAAGAAGAAGGAAAAGAAGGGAGAAGAAGGAGAAGAAGGAGCAGAAGAAGAAGAAGUCCACCACCCGUGGCAGAAUUUGCGUGGGCUUGCUGCCCUCAAUGGUACUCUGCGUGAUGACGAAAACCAAGCUUGCCAGAACUGA